AUGCAGAGCAGCAUUGAGAUACAAACACUAUUAUAUUAGGUCUUUUCUUAGAUUCCUUCAUAUGGAAUAUAUAAAGUAAUUAUAGAAGAUCCAUUCUAUUUAUUAAGAGUGAUGUUGGCAUCAUAUUGAAGAACAUUUAUGGAAUUAAGAUUAUCUAUAAGUGACAGUAUUAUUGGCAUGAGCAAAGUUGAUAGAUAUAAAUUAAUAUAUUAAAGAAGAUAAACAACCUCACUCUGAUGAUAGCAUUUAGUUAAGCAUUUGCUUCUGUUUUUUUCUUGAAUAUAUGGAUAAGAUGAGAGGAUGUCAUUCUAUUUUGACAAUAAUGUAAUUGGUAUUCUCAUAAAUAGAAAUGGCUAUGAUUGGUAAAUAAUUACAAAAAAAAAGAUAUGGAAUUAGAUAAUUAUGGAACUAUACUAUUUAUUGUUAUAACAAUCUUCAAUAAUAUUAUGUAUUCAAACAUAUCCAUUUAUUACUCAUAGAACUUGAAUAUUAAAGAGCAAUUAUCACACUAUUUCAAGGACUUUAUAUUAGAGAAAACAAAAUCAUUGCUUUGAUAUCUGUUAUUAUGAAAACUUCUUUAACAAUUUUUUAAUUGUAAACCACUAUCUUUAUUUUCAAAUAGUAUUGUAUUUCGAAGGAUUUAAAGAGGAAAUUCCAAUAAAAAAUAACUAAACUAUUUAUUUAUGAUAUCUUUAUACUCUUAACAAUGAUAAAAAGAAAAUGUACUCUAAAUCGUUUUGAUUUUGAACAAUAUAUUAUUAGAAAUUAUAUAUAUGAUCAUUAUUGCUUUGUUUAUUAAGCAAUAACAUUUUAGAGACUUCAGAUUGAAGUAUUAUUAACAAUAUAUUGUAAUAUAAAAUUAAAGGGAUAUCAAUUAAACUACUUAUUUCAUGCUACUCUUAUAGUAUAAAUUGUCAAUUCUUUAUCACUUUAAGUCCUUGAAGUAUUCUUUCUAUGCUAAUUUAAAGAUGUCUUGUUCUUAUGA